UAUGCACAUAAUUUUCAUCUUGUUCAUGUAAAUAUCUUAAAAGAUCAAUUAUGAAUUUGAUUCACAUCGGACCUUCUGUUGAUGCUGUGGAAACUGCUCUACUACAAUUUUCGCAAAAAACAACGUUCAAAGAUAAAUUUAAACUGGUAUGGGAUUUUGCAACCCCAUAUAUUAACAUAAAUUGUGAUGAAAUUGAUAAAACAGUCAGUCACUCAGUGCUUUGGAGAGAAGUUGGUAACAGAGAAUACACCACUGCAAAUCACCAAGAUUAUUUACGCAAAUCAAUUGAAGCAUACACAAAGAGUAUUGCUUUUGCACCAGUUGGAUCCAGUGAAUUAUCAUUGGCUUAUGCAAAUCGUUCAGCUGUAUUGUUCAGGGCAAGACUCUAUGAAGAUUGUCUUCUUGACAUUGAACGUUCAUUAAAAGCAGGCUAUCCAGAUAAAUUAAAAACAAAAUUAUUUUUACGUCAAUCAUUGUGUUUAAAGGCCUUGAAACCAAACUCAGGACUUGAACCAAGUAUUUCAAUGGCUAAUGCAAUACAAUGGCUUCCUGAUCUAAAAAAAAAUAAUCCAAAAUACAACAUCACCAAAGAGUAUCCAAAGAUGAUUAAUGAACUCAAAGAACCACGUGAAAUUAUUAAAUGUAUACCAGAAAUAAAAAAUGAUAAUGCAAUAAUAGUUGGUGCAUCUGAUGCAAUUGAAUUAAAACAAACUAAAGAAAAUAAUCAACAUGUUGUUGCAACAAGAGACAUUAAAUCUGGUGAAUUUAUUUACAUUGCUGAGCCACUUGCAGCAAUUAUUGAUUCUAAAAUACGUUUUACAAAGUGUUGGCAUUGUUGUCACCAAACUUGGGCUGGUAUACCAUGUGAUAAUUGUCCAAACGUCAUUUAUUGUUCUGAUAUAUGUAAAAAAAAGGCAUGGGAUAGUUAUCAUAAUAUUGAAUGCUUAAUAUUAGGACAACUUUUAAAACAAGAAGAAGUGUGUACAGAUUAUAUUCUUACAGUAAAGCUUUUUUUAAAAACACUAAACUCAGUUGGUGGGCUAGUUGAAUUGAAAAAAAAAAUUGACAAAAUUGACUCGAUAAAAAAUCAGGGGUUGAUAUUUACUAAUGGUAUUCUUGAUUGUAAUACGAUUGAUAAUUUUCACCUUCUUGAUUAUUUCGAAGCAACAUCAAACGAGUGUACUUUUGAAUAUGCAUUAUUUGUGGUGUUGGUUAUUCUAAUCCUUUGUCAAAAAACAGAUAUAUUAGGUAAAAAAAUGACAGCUAACAAUUUGAUUAAAUAUAAAAAUAAAAAGCUAUUAAUUCUGGGAGAAUUAUUAUUGCGAUAUAUGAUGAUCGAUCAUCGUAAUGGUCUUGCGGUAUGCAUACAAUUAAUUGUUUAA